UACAUGCGCCGCUAACGGCUAUUUGAAUCACUUUCGGUGAUUGAAGAACUUUCCGGGAUAGAGAAAAAAUACGGGAUAUAACAAAACGUGUAGAUAAUAUAGCUGCUUGUGUUACAGCAGCCGAACAGACGAUGGAAGGGCUUUCGUCGUUUGAAUGAUUUUUAUACCAUGAUUACUCUCAUACUACUUGGCAAAUAAUACAAGCAAACCUAACAAGAUCAUCAACCAUGGCGGAAAAUGUUCGUGUGGCUGUCCGAGUGCGACCAUUCAAUAGUCGGGAGAAUGCCCGGAAUGCAACGCUCAUCAUUAACAUGGUUGGAAAUUCAACUGAAAUCAAGGAUCCAGCCAUGCCUGAGGCAGAGCCAAAGAAAUUUGCAUUUGACUUUAGUUACUGGUCACAUGACGCUUUUAAGGAGAAUGCAGAGGGUUACUUGGAGGCAACAGAGCCAAGAUAUGCAGAUCAGAAAAAAGUUUUUGAUGAUCUUGGUGUUGGCGUUUUGGAAAAUGCCUGGAAGGGCUACAACUGUUCAUUGUUUGCAUAUGGCCAAACAGGAUCUGGGAAAUCAUAUUCCAUGGUUGGGUAUGGUGCAAAUAAAGGAAUUGUGCCAAUAUUUUGUGAAGAAUUAUUUAAAGAAGUGAAUGCGAAGAAAAACGAGGGAAGCAAGGCAGAAUACCAGGUUGCUUUGAGCAUGUUGGAAAUUUAUAACGAACAGACUCGGGACUUGUUGAAUCCAGGAGGGAAUAAAAAAGGAGGACUUAAAGUACGGCAACAUCCAAACAGAGGAUUCUAUGUUGAAAGUCUAAUGACAGUUCCAGUGAGUAGUUAUACAGAUAUUGAUAACCGCAUCGGCGAGGGUACAAGGAACAGAACCGUGGCUGCAACAAACAUGAACGCUACUAGCAGUCGAGCACAUACAAUUGUGGCAAUAAAUUUCAUACAGAAGGCGAAGAAUGAAGCUGGACAAAACAUGACCAAAACUUCCGUUGUCAAUCUUGUUGAUCUGGCUGGAAGUGAGAGAGCUGAGUCUACCGGUGCCACUGGAGACAGACUGAAAGAAGGCUCUGCUAUCAAUCAAUCAUUAUCGACACUUGGAAACUGCAUCAAAGCACUCGCCGACCAGAGCACUGGGAAGAAAAAUGUUCUCGUUCCAUUCCGAGACUCAGUGCUAACAAAAUUGCUGAAAAACGCUCUUGGGGGAAACAGCAAAACAAUUAUGAUCGCAGCACUUAGUCCUGCAGACAUCAAUUACGAAGAGACAUUGUCUACGUUACGGUUUGCCGACCGUGCAAAAGCUAUCAAGACUAAGGCAGUAGUAAACGAAAGCCCGACAGACAAGCUGAUCCGCGAGCUUCGUGAAGAAAAUGCUCGAUUACUCGAUCAGAUCAAGAAAGGUGGAGUGGUGAUUAUGCAGCCUGCCGAGACUGGCGAACCUGGCGAACCUGGCGAACCUACCCCUUCAGGCCCGUCUCAGGAAGAGGUAGAAGAGAUGAGAAAGCAAUGGGAAGAAGAGCUGAAGCGCAACCAAGAAGAGAUGGAGCAGGUUAAAAAAUCAUGGGAAGAACGACUUUUGGAAACAGAGGCAUCAUACAAGGCUAAAGAGGAGCAGGAGCGUCGAGAGAAAGAGAUGCGAAAAACCACAGCACACUUCUGGAACUUGAACGAGGACCCGCAGCUCUCGAAUAUGAUUGCACACUUCAUGCAUGCGGGCUCUCACAAGAUUGGAAGCCGGAAAGCUGAUCCGCCUGCAGAUAUCACCCUCAGUGGACUUGGUAUUCUUACAGAUCACGCCACUGUUUCCAAUACGAGUAACGUGCUGAAGAUCCUUCCUUCCUCUGGGGCAAAGCUUAUGGUGAAUGGAAAACCCAUCACUAUGGAAACAGAGCUUCAUCAUAAUGACCGAGUGAUGUUUGGCUCGAGUAACCUGUUCGUCGUGCACCAUCCUGUUGAGCUUGGCAAAGCUUACAAGUCUGGUGUCACCUUACAGAAGAUCACGUACGAUAUGGCACAGGAGGAGAUCGCUCAGAAUUCAGGCUUCGACAUGGACAAGGCUGGGGGAAAGUCUAAAGAGGAUUUGCUGUUACAAGAAGACCUUAUUCAACUCGUACCGAUGGUCAACGAGGCAACUGCAAUGGCGGAAGAACUAGGAAAAAAAGUUAGAUUUGAAGUAAUGCUGGUAUCACCCCAAGCACGUGGUCUGAAGGAAGGCAGAACUGAGGUCAAAGUUCGAAUGCACAGUUUAGAGGACGAUGCGGAGUGGGUCUGGGACCGAAACAAAUUCUUUAACCGGAAGUUCCUAAUGCAGGAAAUGUACCAGAAUUAUGUAGAAGGGGAGGACUGGGACAAGCCACAGGAGCUGGACCCGUUUUGGGAAGAUGACGAAACUGAUGUCAUGAUAGGCCGUGCGAUAGUCUAUUUGCAGUUCCUGGCAUACAAGAUCGAGUUUGAAGAGAGUGUAGCCAUCACGGACCACAAGGGUAAUGAACUAGGUAAACUGCAGGUGGAGGCCUUCCCAUGCACCAAGUCUGGUAACGAGGAUAUCGACGACGACGACUUCAUUGAGGAUCCGGAGGAACUGGUUGGUAAGGAACUCUUCUUCAAUCUGAAGAUCCCGUAUGCAAGAGGUCUCCCUCAGCGUUAUGGCGGCAAGGGUGAGACCUUCUGUAAGUUCAUGUUUUACAUCGACAAGGAAUACACCAAGACUCCGGUCAUUGAAGGCACCAUUAACCCCAACUACAAUUUUACCAAAAUGUUCUCCUUCGUUCCUGUCACUAAACAGUUCCAAGACUAUUUAGUGAACAGUAACCUCGUCAUCGAAGUGUGGGGCAAGCAAAAGGGCCGGAAGAGCAGGAAACCAGGAGCUCCCGCUUCGUCUCAGCAGAAAAACACAGCGCAAGCACCCAGUCAGUCAGAGCAGUGCAGACCAGAAGCAGUACCGUCAAGCACCAGCAAUAAUAAAGACACACAGGAGCUGCGUCUUAAGUUGAACAAGUCCAUGCGACGGUCAGAACGCUCGGACAAGAAGCUUUCGAAAAUUCGCGAGCUGGUGGAGGAGGCAAAGCGAAAGAAUCAGCCUUCGCUACAGGUGGCUUUGCUGGAAGAGAUUCUGAAUGGGGGAGAUGGUGAUAAGUUCAAAGCGACGGCAAACAUUGUAGUCCAGACAAACAAGGCCGCGACCGCCAAUAACGGAAACGUGACCAGUGCUGCGUGCAGUAUACAAUAGCGAACCUUUGCAAAGACGAUGAUUUGGCAAAAUCAAUUGAAAAAAGAUCCAGUUGUGAAAUGCACUUUGAUACGUGCACUUGAAAACUCCAAGUUUCACGGUCUAGCGAGAGGAUUCAUUUUACAAAUUUUACAACAAGCAAGCAUGGCAUUAUUUGGUUCAUGAUCCACCCAAUAUGUGACUACUUUGUAGCAAUUAUUAGACUCGUACCCAGUCGUUGUUUGCUGUUGCGCGGACAUCCACGGGAAUCCUGAAGACGGACCCCUCAAACCGCUCCCUGACCAUCAUGCACCCUUCGCUUCAAUGAAGCUUGUCAUUGCACGGGCCAAAAAAAGUCAGCAUAAGGCUACAAUGAGGUGAAGAGCGCAAGGGGAAGGGCAAAUACGCUGAGUGCAAAUCAAGAGAAUAAUAAUAUAUUGAAAUAUGUAGAAAUUCACAGAAUCUCUUAUACUAACUUAAGAGCGCAUUUGCGGGCAACGUGUGCUCCAUAUCAAUGUAAUUUAAAUAUUUAUCAUUUUUCGUGUUCAACUGUUUAACAUCUUGUCUGCAUGUUUCUAUACGUGCAUGUCUAUACUAAUGUUUUGAAUAAAUUGCACCCAAAGCAUGGGUAUACUGUA